GUGAAUUUUUCGGUACAUGUCGCGGCACAGAAACAUAAGAGCGUUGUGUGAUGAUGAUGUCGAUACUUAUGACGAAGCCUUCGCUAGUUCAGUUGAUGAUGACUAUACAAUAUCCCCGAACACAUCAGAACGAUACAUAUAUAACCCGGACAGUGUAUUCAAGCAAGACAUAUCAGUAUCUUUAAAGAAUGUCAAACCAUUAAGUUUCACAGCGGAAGAUUUCCCGGAAAAUGAUUCCAAAAACCUUAAACCAGAAGAUUCUCCUGGAGUUGUGUCUGGACGAAUAGGGUCUUGUCAGGCAUUUGAUUUCUCCGCACCAAAAAAUAACGAAGUUGCGGGUCAAAAUGAUAGCGUGCAUGGAUCUGAUGAGGUGUUUGGCAACAGUGAUCUUUUUGACUCAAGUAAUUUUAAACGUUUGAACACAAGUGUCGUUGGGGAAGAUAACUUAGUGAACAGUACAAUUUCUGUAAAUAAGUCCAAAGUAGAGGAGUUGGAUUUUGAGUUGCUUGAUCGUUUAACUUCACAAUCCUCUUCAGCUCAACAGUCGUUUGAGAAGCCUUUUAAAACCACACUUAGUGUACAAGAUACCACAAAUCGCCUUAAGUCGAAAUCAACUGACCUUCAUUUUUUGUCGAAAACAACUAACCUUUUUAGCUCCAACUGUAGUAUUUCAAAGUUAGCUGGCAUUACAACUUAUGAUAUUCCGACAAAAAAUAUUAACAGUGCUGGGUGUCUCAUAGGGUAUAAAACUCCUAGUUUCUUUGGCUUGUUGAUGUCAUCGUAUACCGCUGAUAAAUCGAAAGGAUUUGAUGGAAUGUUAUCAAGGUUUUCAAACAUUAUAGUCCGCACCCGUUCACCCAUUUAUAACUACCUAUUCGCACCUCGUACUGUCUCUGGAUUUGUUUUCGAUAUUCCGGAGCCAAAGACUUUUGAACGUGGUGGUUCAAAACUAGCUAGUGUAACGACAAAGCCGUGCAGUCAACGGAAACUCACAGCACAUGCUUUAUGUGUACCUCAAGCACGUCCUACGGAAGGGAUCAAUCAUACCGAUACAUCAUUAUUAAAUUUAUCUCUUUCUCAGAAAUUGACUAUCUCUAGUCAUUCUGAUGAACGUUCUAACUUCUUACGUACUCCGGGCAAUAAUUCAGCAACUCCUAGUAAACCCAUUGACCGGCAUUCUUUGGUAAACGAAUAUUCUAAAUUGCAUAAAGAGUCAGCAGAAAAAGAGAUUAUUAAUCUUAUCGUUAUGGGACAUGUGGAUGCUGGUAAAAGCACUCUAAUGGGAAAUCUACUUUGUUUGUUGGGACAUGUUUCUAGCAAACAAUUAGCUAAAUACCAAUGGGAUGCACAAAAACUGGGCAAAGCAUCAUUCGCCUAUGCAUGGAUUCUAGAUCAAACUUCAGAGGAAAGAAAUCGUGGCGUUACAAUGGAUAUUGCACAAACUUCAUUUGAAACAAAAUCAAAACGAGUUGCUCUAAUGGAUGCUCCUGGACAUAAGGAUUUUGUUCCACAAGUUAUUGGCGGUGCGACUCAAGCUGAUGCUGCUCUCCUAGUUAUCAAUGCUACUAGGGGUGAAUUUGAAACUGGAAUUGGUGCUGGAGGUCAGACAAGAGAACAUGCUCGAUUGGCUCGUUUAUUAGGAGUUUCUCGUUUAAUUGUCGCUGUAAACAAAAUGGAUACAGUAGAAUGGUGUCAGUCACGAUUCAAUGAAAUUCAGACACAAAUAUCUAGUUUUUUAAAAUCUAUGAAUUUUUCCGGAGUUGUGUAUUGUCCAGUAUCUGGGUUGGUCGGGGCUAACUUAGUACCUCAAAACUUGUCCAAUAGCAGUAAAAAUACUUCAGAGACAGGUUCUAACCUGUUUACGUGGUAUACGGGACCUUCGUUACUCGAACUUAUCGAUUCAAUUCCAUCACCAGAUAGAAUUGUUGAUGGACCUUUUCGUUUUGUUGUCAGUGAUAUAUUUAAACCUGCUGGUUCCAGUGUACCAAUGGUUGCUGGACGAGUUAUAUCUGGAGCUAUUUCUAGUGGUGUAAAUAUACCUACAAGUAAAGUUAUUUGUUUGCCAAGUGAUGUACGAACUUGUGUGAAAUCUAUCAGAUCAUUGUGUAAUACUCGUACAGGUCAAAAUGAUGCUGAAGGUGAUCUUGGAGGCAAAUUGUUAGAUCAAGUUGUUAAAUUUGCAUUUGCUGGUGAUCAAGUGGCGUUGAUGUUAACAGAUAUUGAUCCAUUUCAAACUCUUAUUCCUGGUGAUUUACUUACUGAUCCAGACAAUCCAAUACAACCAUCCACUUGUAUUUCAGCUAAAUUGUUAGUAUUCUCUAUACAACAACCUAUUACGAAAGGUUAUCCUCGUUGGAUGGUUUAUGAGAUACGCCUACAUUUCAACAGUCGAUUUGUAUUCUCCAAUAUUUUCCUCAUAUAUAGUUAUAUACUAUUAUAAUUGUGCCAAUGUAGCCGCCACUGUUACUAAAUUAAAAUCCAUGACUCAUCGAGAAAACAAAAUAGAAAAAGUUGUUCGAAAACCAAGAUGUCUUCUUGGUAAUUGUACAGCAAAUGUAGAGUUAACAUUUGAAAGACCGAUUUGUAUAGAAGUUUAUGAAAAAUGUAAACCUCUUGGACGAUUUAUGCUUCGUGUUGGCGGUGAAUCAAUUGCUGGUGGUACUGUAACUAAGUUAAUUCCAUCGAAAAAGGAAUCAUCUUGUUGAUGUGUAAUACC